ACGAGGUAAAAUUGACGCUGUCCGCCAUGUUUCCUGUUGCUAUAGCAACUGUUCGUUAGGGCUCAGGUCCAGCGAGAGGCAGAAGAAGAAAUAAACGACUAUAGGCAAAAGAAAACCUAAUAAUUGCGUUACUUUUCAACUGCACGAUAGAAGAAAUUAACCACCAGUGGAGAACGAUGUCUUCCCAGAAUUGCAGUUUCCAGCUGAGCUCUGGACAGAAUCUUCUAAAUAUUGAGGUCAUGAGGAACCAGUCCGAGCUGUUCAGACAAGAAUGCAAAAGGCUGAUCCUGGAAACUGAAAAUGUAUGCAAACGCAUGCAAGAUGAUAACAAGAAGAGACUAGAACAGCACAUCAGAGACAUCAAAUUUCUGACAAAGGAGUUGGAGCUGAAGCUAGAGGGGAUUAGUUUGGAGAUUGAUGUCCUAACAGCAUUACAGAGCAGAGUCGUGAAGGCACUAGAGGCCUGUAAGGAGCCUCUGAGAAUCACUACUGUCUGUCUAGAAGAGAGAGGAAAACGUUUCCCCUCCGAGAGGCUGCAUGAUGCAGUGGACAGGGAGUUGUUGAACGAGAGGGAGCUUUUCGAGAGGGUGAUUUCCCUUCUGCAACAUGUAGUGGAACAAAUAACAGAGCAGAUACGACUGAACCGAUCUGCCAAGUACUAUUUGGAGAAGGAUCUCAAGGAGAAAUCUGAGGCGCAACGCAUCGACGACACCUGCACCCUUAUGACCGCCCACUCCAGUUCAAACCAUCUCAAGUUAAAAAACAGCAGCUCUGUUCUACAUAGUUUGGCAGUGACUCCAGAACAGUGGGAGAACAUCUCAAUCAAGAACAUAACCAAAGCAGAACAGCAGAAGACCAACUCUCUGACCCUACGGACCCUGGUGGAGUCCAUCCUGGACAAGACAGCUGUUGAUAUGCAGAAGCAGUUUGAGGCCACAACAACAGCUUUUCAGAUGAAUGUCCAGGAAAUCAAGAAUGCCAAAAGCCAGAUGGAGGAUCAGCUGGCCAAGAUUCAGUCGGAGUAUGCCAGCCAGCAGAAGAUCAGUGAGGAUCUCCAAGUGGCCAUUACAGAAAAUGAAAGUUUCCUGAGCUUGGCCCAGACCCGGCUGGACUUGCGCUGCCAAAGACCGGCCAAAGAGCAAAGCCACGAUCGAGCCCGGUCACAGCUGCUCGCCGAGGUCCAGCAGCUCACCACUCAUAUCAGCAAACUGCGUGAGGCCGUGGCCCAGUCAGAGGAGGAGCAGAGGGCUCUUGUUCGCUGCCAGUUGGAGCUGCAGGAAAACUCUGAGCUCAAGGCCAGCUCUCUCUACAUUGAUGAGGUCAUCUGUACCCAGCACAGGAAACCUAUUGUCAUACAUAAAUUCUAAGACUCAACAGGAAAAACCUCAAUUAUAAAAAAAUGUAUUUGAAAAUAUGAGUGAAUUCAGGAAAAACUUUAGUGAUGCACUCAUUACAAUAAUAAAGUUUUGAGAAGAUGAAGUGAUAUAUUUGAUGAAGCAUGAGGAAAAUGUCUUGCUUCAGUUUAACCCUGCAUGAAUAAAGUAAUUUGAAAGCUUA